AUGGUACGCAUCUACGGCCUAGAACGUGGAUUUGCAACGGCUUGGGAAGAAAAGGGUGACUGUCCUUUCACCGCUGUCACAUGGAGAGAUGAUGCUCUCUUUGUUGGUACCAUGGACGGCGAUGUGAUAUGCUUUUACCCAACUACGAGGUGGAUUCGUCGACGGAAAAGUGAAAUCAUCCACAAGACUGAUGCAGUAGUCCAAACCAUGGUAUUUAAUCAGCGCGGUGACCAUCUCCUUGUUUGUUCUGGCGCUGAUGUGCUCCUCUUCGGAAAGACCUCAGGGAAGUGGAAAUAUUGUGAUUGUCUCGCCCCAAACCAUUUGGAGAGCCCAAUGAAGCAAUGUCUCAUAGGAUAUUUGUACAAUGGUUUUUGGAAAUUCAAUAUUGAAACAUGGGAGAGCACAUUAUCUUUUGGCCCAGACGACUCAUAUGAAUUGGAGGACCCAAGAAGUACUGAUUCAGCUAAAUCUCCAGACUCGAAAUUGGUUGUCAUGACGGAUACUUGCGUAGGGCUUGCAUGGUUCAAAGUCAUGCCUGAAAGGCUCAAGAAAAUGAGUACCACUAAUAUGGCUCAGGAUUCUAACGUUCCCCUUCCUGUCCUCUUCAUAAAUCAAGGCCAAGCAGUGAUCAUGGGUACAACUAAAGGGUGUGCUUUUGUUGGAAUCAAGCCUGGCAGGUCCUUGUUGACCCAUGAUCCGACGCCGUGA